CUACCGACGCACUCGAGUUUCCAUCCAAACCACGCAUUCAUUAUUGCAAGAAGCCCACUCCUUCGUGACUUCCAAGCCCCACAUUGAUUCUCUCCGGCCAACCCGCCUCCCAAGCCCGCUUUUCCUCGCCAUCCGCAGAGAGCCAUCAGCAUGUCCGCCAAAAGCAUUGCGAUCCUCGGGUGCGGGGGCAUGGGUCUGGCAAUCGCCCGACGCCUCGGGGUUGGUCGCCGUCUCUGUGUUGCCGACUACUCCGACGAGAUUCUCUCCGAAGCCCGGGAAGCCCUGGCAAACGACGGCUACCUGGUGGAAACAUACCAGGUGGAUGUGUGCGACUAUGAUUCGGUCCGCCGCUUUGCGCAGGCGGCCGCUUCUCAGGGACCCGUCGAAGCCAUCAUCCACACCGCGGGCGUGUCCCCGUCGGGCCGCUGUGCCCGGAAGAUCCUUGCCACGAAUCUUGUGGGCACCGCCAAUGCUCUCGAUGCCUUUCUGGAGGUCGCGCAGACCGGAACAAGCAUGGUCUGCAUCGCCAGCAUGGCCGGGCACAUGGGAUCGGGAUUGCCGUCGGAGCUCGAGCAUCAUCUCGCGACCACGCCCCGGGGUCAAUUGCUGGAUCACGCCGCGCUGGACAUCGACGCCGCCGAUCCGCACGGGCCGGCCCGGGCCUAUGGGCUGUCCAAACGGGGGAAUUUGCUGCGCGUGCAGGCGUCCUCGAGAGCAUGGGGUCGCCGUGGAGGGAGGGUGAAUUCGGUCAGCCCCGGGGUCAUAUCGACCGGCGCGGGGCGGCAGGAGAUCAGCGGCCCCGCGGGGAAGUUCAUCGCCCUCAGUCCGGCGGCUCGGGUCGGAACGCCGCAGGACAUUGUGAACGCGGUCGCAUUCUUGGUCAGUCCCGAGUCCUCGUUUAUCACCGGCAGUGACAUCCUCGUGGAUGGCGGGGUCGUCUCAUCGUUGCGAUGGGACACCCCCCUGAGAGCCUGAACGUGAGCUGCUGAUAUUGAUGGUGAAUCUCGCGAGUGACGAUUGACGGUUGGAGGAGAGGUUCUGCCGAGGGACCUGGGGAUUUCAAGGUUGCGCUCCGUCGUGUCAGACAGGGUCCACGCAUGAGCUGCUC